AUGGCGAACCACCCUGGUGGUGGCUCAUUUUUGAAUUCACGUCUCAGUCGACAAACCACCGCUUCUCUGGUCGAACGAAUCAUGAAGGGCAAGGCCGAGAUCGCCUUCCUUCUGAAUCCGAACAUCAAGGCGGAAAUGCAAACGCCCAAGUACAACGCUGCCGCGACUCCGCCUCCAUUGUCGCUCUUCCAUAGCUUAUCGCCAGUGGUGCGCUUGGAACGGGUUGCACUCUCGCUCUCGCCCAUCCGUAAGACACCGGUCACAUAUGCGCCGAUCGAAAAGCACUUCAACAACCAGCAGCAGCAGGGCAUCGCACACGCCACCGGCCGAAUGCUGCAGCAACUUGGCUGUGUCACGCGGGUGUUGCGUUCGUCAUGGCGGCGGUUCACGCUGUUCUGUGGCUGGGUGCUGUAA